AUGGGAUAUUUCUUGAUUGGUCUUCUUGUGGCUAUUUUGUCCAUUGGAAAUAUUGUUGAAGAUGCAAAUUGUGAAAUACCUCGAACAGUUUUGAGAAAAAUUGAGUGGAUGAAUCAAAAGGGUCCUUAUUUGGGGAUUGUAGCUCCAAACAACUAUGAGCUUAACCCUCUUCUCAAUCAUCCAGACUAUGUUCCAUAUUCUACAUUACCCUCCAUCGAUUUUGCAGGUAGAAAAUUUCGAUUUGGAAAAAUAUUAAACCAAAGGGUCGUAAUCGUGAUGUGCGGAUUAGGAAUGGUGAAUGCAGGAGUAACAACACAGUUACUAGUGACCCUGUUUAGGCUUAAAGGAGUUUUGCAUUAUGGAAUCGCUGGAAACGCAGAUGUUAACCUUGAGAUAGGUGACGUCACUAUUCCUCAAUACUGGGCCCACUCUGGUCUUUGGAAUUGGCAGAGAUAUGGAGAUGGGAUUGAUAACGAACUGGCUUUGGAAUCAGCCGGAGACUAUACUCGGGAUAUUGGUUACCUCCAGUUUUCCAAGUACAAUAACCAUUCCGAUAACUUGCUCAAUCGAAUUUGGUACCAACCGGAAGAAAUCUUUCCGGUCACCGGAACUCCCGAAGUCCGGGAACACAUCUUCUGGGUUCCUGUUGACAAGUCCUACUUGGAUCUUGCACGCAAACUCGAGGACACGAAACUACCACAGUGCGUGAACACCACUUGCCUCCCUCGACCACCGAAGGUAACCAUCGUUGAUCGUGGAAUGAGUGCAAGCGUCUUCGUUGACAAUGCCUCUUACCGGACUUUCCUCCGCUCCAAAUUCAAUACCACCGCCGUGGAAAUGGAAAGCGCCGCCGUUGCUCUCAUCUGCCACGAGCAAAAGCUCCCUUUCAUUGUCAUCCGUUCCCUUUCCGACCUUGCCGGUGGUGGCUCCGACGUCUCUAACGAAGCCAACUUGUUCAGUGACCUCGCCGCGAAAAACUCCGUCGAUGUUCUCGUUAAGUUCGUUGGUUUGUUACCAAACGGACGCAGGUUUAGAUCAGACCAGUAA